UAUGGAAAUGCAACAUAUUUGACCUUCAGCCUCAAGGAAAGGGUGAAAUGAAAGCUGACAGUUUCUACAGUUUGGCUUGUAGGGAUUAAGAUAAUGCAAUUUAUUUUAAUAAGCAAGAUAGAAACUUACAACCAAACAAAUACCUUCACCAAGGACCUUAAAUGUAUCUUAGUACACAAAAUGCAGGUUAAAUUUCACUGAGGGGACUCAUUAGGAACAGGAGAGAUAACUUGUCUCUACAAUAAAUUUGGGCCAUGCAGACCUUGACUGAAGGAGGAACCUGAGUAAAUGUUUUUUAUUAUUGCACAGGCACUGCUGAAAAUUUGAUUGGAGAGAAGCUGAAGGAAUGCUUGAACUCCACAAAGCAGACUCCCCUGUUGAGGAGAGUGCAUGCCAGAGGUGCUGGGGUUGCCAUUGGUGAGAUGAGCUUUUGUGCCUGUUGAGGCAGCUCCGGUGGGCAGCAAGAGUUCAUUCCUUCCAGUGCUUCCCUCUGUGGAUGUGAUUGACGUUGGCAUCUGGAUUGCUGCAACUGAAGAAGGAAAGCAAAGGAGCCUAAUUUUGCUGAGAGAAUUUUCCUGGCAGGGGAAGGUGGACAGUGCAGAGAGAUGUGCCAGCCAAGAGCCUGGAAGUGCAAGUCCAGGUGCUAGGGCAAGUUUCACCCAAGCCAUGCUGUGGUGAAUCCUUUCUCUCCAGCAGCAGCUUGCUCAGCACCAGGGUGGCUGUGAGGGGCUGCCCAUGGCACUCAGGCAGCCUCAGCUGGAUUAGUGCCUGCUCUGUCUUUGCUUAAGCCAUCUGAAGAACUGAAGAAGAUUGUAGGGAAGAUGUUGGACUUGAGCUUCCUGACCGAAGAGGAGUAUGAAAAGCUGAUGAAGGUUCUGCAGAGAGAUGCAGAGCUGAAGAAGAAGGAUGGAGAUCGCAUCAGGCGGAUACAAGGCUCCAUCAAGGAUGAAAAGAAGAAGAAGUUUGUGACAGGUGAAUGGUUUUCAGAAGUGAAGGCAAAACGGUUUCAGGAAGACUUGGAGGGGCCUGAUCUACUUUGGGCAUCAAUUAGAAGGAAAAAGGGCAAACUAGAAAAUGAGGCCAGCAAGCACAUCCAGAUGGGUCUGGAAAGCAAAGCUGCCCCAAGUCCUGUGUUUCCUGAGGAUGUUCUUGAUGCAGGAGAGGGAAGAUCCAGCACACCUACUCUUGACACCACAGAGCAGAAAAUUUUGCCAGGACUUCCUGUCCAGUUGUCUGCAUCAUACAAGAGAUCCAGCAUCCAUGAUGUUUUUUCCUCAGAGAGUGACACUGGAACAAGUCCAUUUGUGGCUGCAACAAACAGCUUUCAUUUGUCUAGAAAAGGUCAUGGAGUAUCUCCAUUAUUCGCCAAGCUUUCAGAGGAUGCUGUGCCUCAGCCCAGUACUGCAGCUGGAGGAGAAGCUGUUGAUGGGGCCACUGUCACUACAGAGGGGCAAAAAACUCCACCCAAAGAAACUUAUGCUCCCAGCAAAAUACCAGUUACAAAGAAACCAAGCAGAACCUUCCCCAGACCUCUGCCCACAGAAGGGGAAAGCAGCUGGGCUGGUAAGCGAGGCAUGAACUACACGAUCUCAUUGAUGAGUAACAGAGAGGAGGAUAUCGGCCUUGACCGUGAACACUUCAAGAACUUGAAGAACUUUUGGGAGAAGGGAGCAGACUCAGUGGCAGUGGGGAGCAUGGCAGCAGAGCCAGUCUGGGCAGAGGCAGACAGUUGGGAGUUCAAGCUGUGCCACUUCCUCUCUGUGCAGUCUGGGAAAGGCCAGGAUGCUGAUGAAAAAUAUGGCGCCUUCAUCAAAACAAGGACCCCCUACAAAAGGACAAUCACGUUGUCUUCUAGUGAGGAGGGGCCAAGCUAUGCCACUUCUGCAAGGAAGGGCUCAGUUUCCAUCACUCCCAGAUCCACUUAUGCCAAGAGCAAAGGCGGCCUGGUUAAAAGAAAUGGCUUUCUGAGUGAAAGCAAUGGGAACCUGCUGAUGCCAGAGGAAGAGAAGAGGGUGCAGCACUGCUCCAGGAAAUCCAGACUGCCUGUGCGAGCACUUUCCACCCAACUCGAGUCACCUACCAAGGAUGUGUCUGGGAGCACACUGGUGCCAGGGACGGCUGCAGAGGAGCUGGUUGUGGCAGAAGUGCACAAGCCCACAGUCAAGUCUCUGGCGAGCAAGGUGCAGAUACUGAUUGAGCCUGUGCUCACAGAUGGUGGAAGUGAUGAUGAGAAAGAGGAAAGAUCUGAUUUGGGUGAACCAUCUGGAGAGAGAGAAGCUGUUCAGGGAACAGACUCAGCUGUUUACUCAGAGAAAGACUGGGAUCAUUCUCCUGCUGCUCAGGCACUGGCCCGAGCAAAUAGCAUUAAUCUUGCAAAGAGCAUGGUGAACAUUUACACAACCACAGAGACAUACAAUAAACCUUAUUUGAUACCACAUCAAUUUCUUGAACCUGAAAGAGUCAAAGAACUGAGCACAUCCUCUCCUCUCCUGUUGUCUGAGACUGAAUCAGACACGGCUUCAGAACUCAGCUUCCAGUUUAACAGGCACAAAAAGACACCCAGCAUUGGCAGCCACUCAUCCGACAUGGCUUCUGUCUCCUCGGUGAGUGGCAGUGUACUCAGUGUCUACAGCGGCGAUUUUGGGAGUGUGGAUGCCCAAGGAACCGUGGAAUUUGCUCUAGACUAUGACGAGAAGAACCGGGAGUUCCAGGUCCAUGUGUCCCAGUGCAAGGACUUGGCUGUAGUGGAUGAGAAAAAAGGCAGAUCCGACCCGUAUGUUAAAACCUACCUGCUCCCAGACAAAGCUAGGAUGGGUAAGAGGAAAACAUCAGUGAAGAAGAGGACAGUGAACCCCAUUUACAAUGAGGUCUUACGGUACAAAAUAGAGAAAAUGGUAUUGCUGAUACAAAAAUUAAAUCUCUCUGUUUGGCACAAUGAUCCAUUGGGACGUAACAGUUUUUUGGGAGAGAUUGAAAUAGACUUGGCCAGCUGGGACUGGAGCAACAGGAAGCUCAACUGGUACCUGCUGAAGCCCCGGAGCCUUUCUGUUGUUAAUGGUGUGGAUCAUCGAGGAGUGAUGAGUUUAUCCAUUAAGUAUGUCCCCCCUGGAAGCCUAGGGCCCAAGAAUCCUCCCUCUGGUGAAGUUCACAUUUGGGUCAAAGACGUCAAGGACCUGCUGCAGUUGCGUCCGUCAGGAGUUGACUCCUUUGUGAAGUGCUAUGUGCUUCCAGACACCAGUAAGAAGAGCUACCAAAAGACCCGAGUCAUAAAGAGAGACACAAACCCUGUUUUCAAUCACACCAUUGUGUAUGAUGGCUUUCAUACAGAGGAUCUGAAGGAUGCCUGUGUUGAACUCACUGUGUGGGAUCAUGAAAAGCUUACCAACCAUUUCCUUGGAGGAAUCAGGCUAGGCCUUGGGACGGGUUUGAGCUAUGGCAUCUCUGUGGACUGGAUGGACUCCACACAGGAGGAGGUGGCCUUUUGGCAGGAGAUGAUGUUGGCUGCCAAUGAAUGGAUCGAAGGAUUGCUGCCAUUGCGCUCACUGGCAGGGAGGAAAAAACUGAAAUAACCCAUUGUUGGUGCCAUAGAAAUGCCCAGUGUGUUCAUUAGAAUUAAGAAACUUCCUGCAGUUGGGAGAAAGAGACCAUCCACAGGGCUGUGUCAGGGUAAUGAGGCAAUGAAUGGGCAUCACCUUGGAGAUGUUAAGUACUAAUCCACUCACGGAGAACAUGGAAGAUGCCAAACUGAUGCUGAUUUUUCAAACAUGAUUUUGACCAAGAAAAAACUUAAUUUGCCUUUUUGUUUAAUCAUUUAUGUAUUCAGUAUAUUUGAAUUCCAUUAAGCUCUGGGAACAUUGGCAGAAGGAAAAGGAGAUAUGAAUACUUUUUUUUCAUGUUUCAUGUGCCAUUUUUCUUCUGUACAGAGAUGUAGUUAUACUGAAGCAGUAGCAUGGUAUUAUUCAUACUCCUUGCAAGGGGUACACUUUGUAGUUGGUGUACAAUUGCUCCAAGUCACCAGCAUAGUUUCAGAAUGGGAGCUUUGCAUUUGUCAUCCUCUUUAAUGUGAGGAAAAUUGAGUUCCAAGGUGCAUCUAAAGGAAGAGAGGACUAAUUGCAGCAGAAAAUAAAGAAAUCUGAGGAGGAUGACUGUGGAGUGCCCCCGCCCAAAGAGGCGGGGAUUUUAUUUUAGGCAAUGUUAAAGUGAGAGGCGUGGCUUUAAGUCCCAAGAAGACUGGAUUCUACCCCUCUGCCUUGGGGGAUGUGCCCAAUAAGCCCAGGAAAAGUUGUUCCACCACAAAAUCCCUCGUGGGGUGCCAGCCCAAGGUGUUCUGCCCUUCUCGUGUCGUGAUUUGUUGUAUUCUGCUGCAUUAACCCCUCUUAUUGUACCCCUAUUGGUUUGUGUCCCUGGGGCUUCUCCCUUGCUGUGUCCCUGUUAGACCCAGACCCUAAACCCCACCCUGGCUUGACCCCAUAAAACCCACUACCUUGCCUCUGUUCAGGGUUCUCCAUCUCUGGAUUAUGCUGGGUUAAUUCCUAUGUUGGUGAUGCCCUAAUAAAUUGAUUCCCGAGUUUAACUAAAUGGAGACCCAUCGGUGGCUACACCUCCCUGGACAUGAUACUGUUGCAACACGUGAUGCAACAGAUGACAAUGAGGCAUUUGAUAUAUUAAUUUCUUUCUGCUUUAAUCUGAAAGACUGCAGGGAUGCUCUUAGAGAUAGUGGAACUUUGCAAGCAGGGGCUGUUUUCCUGACUUUCCCACAGGCUUCCUCAGUGACCUCGGGCAAGCUUGUUUGUGAAAGGAGAGUUUGAAUGCAAUAUAAACUAAAAUGUUUGCCCAAAUGUAGAAUAUGGUUACACUGCUAAUGGGACUAAUCACACUUUUGCAAUGCCUUGUUUGCAAAACAUUUCAACAUGAACUAAUGAGAUAGGAGACAGUCUCAUGUUAGCCUGGCAUCAGGGGUCAGGGAUGAAAGGUCAAAACCACACUAGAAUGCAGGAGAUACUAGGAGCUGGUGGGAGAGGUAAGUAGGAAGUGAGUGAAUGUGAAGGGAGUGCGGAGCUAGUUUCUUGAGGAUCUCCUGCCUCUGCUUCCCCUGAUGGCCCUCUAGUCUUCCUUUCACCUGAUGCUUGGUAGUGAGUGUCUGCAGCUGGAAUUUCCCUUUUGCCAAUAGUUUGCAAAAAAACUUUGCAUCUGACACAUUAACCAUAGUGGAGUGGUGUUGUGAAUACAUUUUGAAUUGCAGCUUUGUAAUUUCUAUUUUGGAUGUACAUAUUGUGAUUAAAUAGCAUGUUUUUCUUUAGUCAUCAGUUGGUUAUCUUCUGCCUAUUUUCAUCACAUUCUAAAUAACAAAAAAGCAAGCAAAAGAGGUGUUAAAUUUUGUUGUGUCAAAAUGAAACAUUUUUGCGAAAGGGCAAGGGAAAUGUCAUUAAGAAAUAAUUUUUAUAACUAUCUGACUUUAUAUU